CUUCUAUGGUACCAUGAAAAUCAUACGCAUGCAGGCGUUUCAAUUUUUCCUUCCAUGAUCAACCUCCCUCGCGUUUCCCGCCUUUUUUACACGUCUGAUUCUCUCAAAAUUUUCUAAAAUGUCAAUCAAUACUUCGAUCAUUUCAGUUCUUCUUGUCAUUGGAUGGAACUGGAAGUAAUAGAAUGAAAGAUCUUCAUGUUCUUUUGAAGCCAAGCCUCGCCUUCUUUAAUUCAAUGCCUUCUUCAUCGUCUUCUCAGGUUCAAUCUCUGGAAACCCAUUUCAUCGAUCUAAUUCAUGCUUCCAAUACCGCCCACAAGCUCCGGCAGAUCCACGCGCAACUAUUCCGCUGCAAUAUCUUCUCCAGCAGCCGGGUGGUGACCCAGUUUAUCUCUUCGUGUUCUUCGCUUAAUUUGGUUGACUAUGCCAUUUCGAUCUUUCAGCGGUUCGAGAUGAAGAACAGUUUCCUCUUCAAUGCGUUGAUUCGAGGACUCGCUGAAAAUUCCAGGUUCGAGGGCUCAAUUUAUUACUUUGUUUUAAUGCUGAAGUGGAAAAUCAGCCCUGAUAGGCUUACUUUUCCAUUUGUGCUCAAAUCAGCCGCGGCUCUUUCCAGUGGUGGUGUAGGGAGGGCUUUGCAUGGUGGAAUUUUAAAGUUUGGCCUCGAGUUUGAUUCUUUUGUGAGGGUCUCGUUGGUGGAUAUGUAUGUGAAAGUUGAGGAUCUGAGUUCUGCCUUGAAGGUGUUUGAUGAAAGUCCUGAUAGAAUUAAGAACGGAAGUGUGUUGAUAUGGAAUGUUCUUAUUCAUGGGUAUUGUAGAGUGGGAGAUUUGGUAAAAGCUACAGAGCUAUUCGAGACAAUGCCAAAGAAGGAUACAGGAUCUUGGAAUAGUUUGAUUAAUGGAUUCAUGAGAAAAGGGGACUUGGGUAGAGCAAAGGAACUCUUUGAGAGAAUGCCUGAAAAGAAUGUUGUUUCUUGGACUACAAUGGUGAAUGGAUUUUCACAGAAUGGAGACCCUGAAAAGGCACUAGAAACCUUUUCUUGUAUGCUUGAAGAAGGUGCACAACCAAACGAUUACACAAUUGUCUCUGCACUUUCAGCUUGUGCAAAAGUUGGCGCCUUAGAUGCUGGUUUAAGGAUUCAUAAUUACCUUUCGAGCAAUGGUUUCAGAUUAAAUCUAACUAUUGGAACUGCACUUGUGGAUAUGUAUGCAAAAUGUGGAAAUAUCGAGUCUGCAGGAGAAGUGUUCUGUGAAACGAAAGAAAAGGGCCUUCUUACUUGGAGUGUUAUGAUUUGGGGCUGGGCGAUCCAUGGACAUUUUAAGAAAGCUAUACUAUAUUUUGAAUGGAUGAAGUCUACAGGUAUGAAGCCAGAUGGUGUGGUUUUUCUUGCUGUUCUUACUUCUUGCUCACAUUCAGGGAAAGUAAAUGAUGGACUUAAGUUUUUCGACAGUAUGAGGCGUGAUUACUUGAUUGAGCCCUCUAUGAAGCAUUACACACUGGUUGUAGACAUGCUAGGCAGGGCUGGUCGACUAGAUGAAGCUCUCAACUUCAUACGAAACAUGCCCAUAAAUCCCGACUUUGUGGUAUGGGGUGCACUGUUUUGUGCUUGUAGGGCUCAUAAGAAUAUUGAAAUGGCAGAGUUAGCCUCAGAGAAGCUUCUUGAGCUUGAACCUAAGCAUCCGGGGAGUUAUGUCUUUUUGUCGAAUGCAUAUGCUGCAGUAGGAAGAUGGGACGAUGCAGAGAGAGUGAGGAUUUCAAUGCGAGAUAGAGGUGCACAAAAGGAUCCGGGAUGGAGCUUUAUUGAAGUCGAUGAUAAAUUACAUCGAUUUGUAGCUGGUGAUAAGACUCAUAACCGUGCGCGAGAGAUAUACUCGAGAUUAGAUGAAAUAAGUGCAGGUGCCAGGGAAAAAGGAUACACAUCAGGAAUUGAGUGUGUACUUCAUAACAUUGAAGAGGAAGAAAAGGAAGAUGCAUUGGGACACCACAGCGAAAAGUUGGCACUUGCAUUCGGGCUCAUUAGCACGACCCCAGGAACGACCAUUAGGAUAGUGAAAAACCUUAGAGUUUGUGUGGAUUGCCAUUCUUUCAUGAAAUAUGCCAGUAAAAUGAAUCAGAGGGAGAUUGUUUUGCGGGAUAUAAAGCGAUUCCAUCAUUUCAAGGACGGUGAUUGUUCAUGUGGAGAUUAUUGGUAAAGAGAAACAGAGGUAAAAUAUAUUAAAUAAAACAGGAGGAAGAUACAGCCUAAGGGUUGGGAUAGAGAGAAUCCCCGCUCAAUAAUCACGAGAAGGC